GGUUACUGGUUAGAUUAAAGCCACUAACUCCCUCGUUCUCUGUAUCACCUCUUUCUCCUCCACUCCAUACCAUUGUGCGCCGUCAUCUAACCACCACCGUGCGCCGCCCCUGUUAACAGACACGACUAUCUUUCUUCACACGCACAACCAUCUGUUGUUGCGCGAAUUGAAGCCGCCAUUUCUCCUCCACAACGCCGCACCAGGUCACAGGCACCAGGAGUAGCAAUUCUCCUCCCUGCUCACGGCCAGCAUCAUUUCCCCCACACCCUUUCACUCCUCUUUCAACCCAUUGUGCCCAGUUCCUAAGAGGGAGGUGAAGCCUCAUCUUUGGUGAAUGUAGUGACUUUUGUCGUGUAGUUGCAGCCCCAGGAAACAUGCUGCCUUUAUCUGAACACUCAUUGUGUACGUGGACGAAUCCUCUUAAGUUAAGGUUUUUUAUUGGUCAUGCAAGGAAUUCUUUUUUAAAGAACCAUAUAUCAAGAAGAAAUUGUUCCAUUUCUUGCUCAACUAAUUUGGAGAUGGAACCUUAUUUCUCUUCAGAUGUACAACUAACUAAUGCCAAAGUGAUCUACAGUGUUGCUCCUGCCAAAGGCCACAAUCAGGAGUCACAUCCAGAGUCUAACCUCAGAGUUCCUGCAAUUGUUGACGCUCUUGAUAAGAUGGAGCUCAAUCCAAAGCAUCGUGGCUUAGAAAUCAUUGAGCUCAAGCAUUUUAAUCCGGCAUCAGUGGAAGAUGUUAUUAAUGUUCAUGAAAAGGCCUAUGUAUUAGGUCUUGAGAAGGCCAUGGAAAAGGCUUCUCAACAAGGUAUUCUUCUCAUUGAGGGGUCUGGACCGACAUAUGCUACAGUUUCUACAUUUCAGGACUCAUUAAUUGCGGCUGGAGCAGGACUAGCUAUUGUUGAUGCUGUGGUGGCUGCAUCUAAAAAUUCGCCAGAGCCUCCUUGUGGAUUUGCUUUGAUAAGGCCUCCUGGUCACCAUGCUGUUUCAGCAGGGCCUAUGGGCUUUUGUGUUUUCGGGAACAUUGCUAUUGCUGCCCGUUAUGCUCAACGAAUACAUGGACUAAAGCGUGUUUUUAUCAUUGAUUUUGAUGUUCAUCAUGGCAAUGGCACACAUGACGCAUUUUAUGAGGAUUCAGAUAUUUACUUCCUUUCAACUCAUCAGGAUGGAAGCUACCCGGGUACGGGUAAAAUCCAUGAGGUCGGAUGUGGACUAGGUGAAGGCACAUCAUUGAAUUUACCACUGCCUGGAGGCUCUGGAGAUAUUUCUAUGAGAAGAGUCUUCGAUGAAGUCAUUGUGCCAAGUGCUCAAAAAUUCAAGCCAGACAUAAUCCUAGUGUCUGCUGGUUAUGAUGGACAUGUCUUGGAUCCUUUAGCAAGCCUUCAGUUCACAACAGGAACGUACUACAUGCUUGCUGCUCACAUAAAACAAUUAGCCAAAGAACUUUGUGGAGGACGCUGUGUGUUUUUCUUGGAAGGAGGAUACAAUCUUGAAUCUCUUUCUUAUUCAGUGGCAGACUCAUUCCGUGCUUUGCUAGGAGAGCCUAGUCGUGCAUCUGAGUUUGAUAAUCCGGCAUUUUUGUACGAGGAACCUUCGACCAGGAUCAAACAAGCAAUUCAAAAGGUCAAGGCCAUACAUUCCUUGUAGAAUGAAGAA